CCUCUCACCCCUCACGUCACAGAUACCCACCUGUAGCUCACACUUUGGGUGCUAAAUGGAAAAAAUGACCCAAAGAUUUUAAAUUUAGAGGAAAAUUUCAUUAUUUAUAACCAACAUGAUUGUUUUGUGCCACAUUUAAUCCAUUUUUAAGUGCGUAAAAGCGUAUAAAGCUGCAGAUCUGUCGACUUUUCGAGCUACCUCGGCCUACAUGCUUCAGAUACCCACCUGUAGCUCACACUUUGGGUGCUAAAUGGAAAAAAUGACCCAAAGAUUUUAAAUUUAGAGGAAAAUUUCAUUAUUUAUAACCAACAUGAUUGUUUUGUGCCACAUUUAAUCCAUUUUUAAGUGCGUAAAAGCGUAUAAAGCUGCAGAUCUGUCGACUUUUCGAGCUACCUCGGCCUACAUGCUUCAGUGGAAGAGCCUGUAGGCCCACUCCUUGACACCCUCAUGUCAAAAGCAGGUAAAAGAAACUAACUUUUAUCAGUUGUAGCAUUUAAGUAUGUACGUUUUUGGCAAAAGUACGUUUUAACUUGGAUAUAUUUCGCUCCUGUUUUUAUUGUAGCCUUUAUUUCUUUUUCUAUUGCAUUGGAAAUGGAGAAGUUCUCCAAUCUCAUUGUCCUCCAGUAUAAUGACAAUAAGGGGCAUUCUGAUUCUGAUUCUGAAAAGUGUGAUUUUUGUGAUAAGCUUGCACAAAUUAGGCUUCUGAUAACCAUUUUCUGCUCUGAUCUGUUCAUUUUGUUGUUUUUCUCCUUUUUUUUGCAUUUGUAUUGUGAUUGUUUCUCAUUUAAAGUGGUGCUUGUUGACCUGUCUGUAAAACGUUCUUGUAUGGGCUUCUAAACACAGGUGAAAAGAGAAGUCCUACUUCAAUUCAACACAGGUAAGCAUCACCUUAAGGCAUGACCUACUUAAAAUCAAUUUUACUCAAGUAGAAGUUAUCCUACCAGUCUAGGAAUCUACUCAAGCAAAAGUACUCAGAGUACUGACUCAUGUGUGAAGUAGAAGUAUAUUUUUCCAAACUGGUUGUUGUAACAUAUUCAACAGAUUUAGUGUGAAAAGUUUUUGAAUCCUAUCCAUUUAGAUUUAGAUCUUAAAUCUAAAAACAUGUCAGUCUUUUUUGUUGUUUUUUUAGAAAAUAGUUUGUAAACCUAUUUUUGAAGCUUAUAAGUGUGAUUUAAUUAUCUGUUGUUGUGGUUUCUUUGCUUUUCUGGAGGUCGGUAGCCUAAAAAGUUGACAAUACAGGAUAGGCUUUUAUAAGCAGUCUGCUUCUGCCUUUUCAGUCAAUAUUCAACACAUGAUUCUUGAUUUAGUGAUUUAGUGUGAAAUGUCAAUAUUGUGUACAAUAUUUGGUGUUGCCAUGACAAAAAAAUACCUACUGAGCAUUUUUUGGUCUAAAAGAGGUCUAAUAGACGUCUAAAUGUAGCAGAGACGACUGGUCUAAAAUCAGGCUACCACAGGUCUAAAAAUGAACAUUUUUUUAGACGUCUAAAUUUAGACCAUGUUUCGACUCAGAGGUCUACACUGUAUAUUGCUCAACGGCUAUCAUAAUUAUUUUGGUUACUUGGGGAUCAACUAUGCAACUCACAGUUGCUUUUUUUUUUAAUGGGUUGAAGUACAACAUCCAAAUUCCAUCUAAAAAUAUAAAAAAACUAGACAGUUGAUAUUAGGUCUAAAAAAAAAACUAGACGUCUAAUAGCCAUCUAUUACACUGAAUAAAAGUAAAAGUAAUGAUCUUAAAAAGUUCUCAGAGGAGUACAAGUAUACAAGAAACACAGGCAUUAGGUAGUGGAUUUACUGUACGUGUUGCUAGGAAGAACCCAGAGCUGGGAGGAGUCAUCUUCAACUCCAAAUCCCUGAGAAACUCAGCUGGUUCGUGUUGCUGGCCAGCCGCUCUAAUAAUAGACUGAUCUAAUAACGGGAUUAAUUACCCUCUGCUGUUCUACUGACCCACUGUUGGAAGCGACGACUUGUACUCGGUGUGUUGUGCAUUUUGUGAGUCAGCAUUUAUGUAUCUACCUAUGUAUCUGUAUCACCUAUUUUCUUAUGCAAUGAGCGAACAAAUGUACAGCUAUCCCUCAGCAACAACUGUGUGGCUGUAGCCAACCCAAGCGUGCUUUAAAAAUUAUGUUUGCCCCUUUACAAUAAGAAGUAGUUUUGUACUUAAUAUUAAAAUGAUGAUAAAAAAACACUUUUCAAAAUAAACGCCAGGAUGGUUGCAAAGUAGCACAGGUAGGUCAGGUCAGACUAGAUAUCAAUACAGUUCAGACACAAAAGAUAUAGUUUAAAAUAGGAUCCCAGUAAAAUCAGGUGUAGCUUCUGUGUCCUAUGCAGAGACUUAUAAGAGACCACUUCGCCCCCUGACCUCCACUCUUGUUACCGUGCCCCCUUCCAUGAAAAUCCCUUUACUUUAAGCUGGUGUAAUUCUCUGACCACUGCAUACUUAAAGCUGCAAUCACAGGACAGUCUGUCUGGUUCUCAUAGCAGCGGUAAGGUCUCACAGUCAGGGCUUAUAGCAUAAUACAGGAAGCCCCUUUCAGUCCUUUGCUCUGGUUACCUUUAGAGAAAUGGGCCAAUUGCUUCAGCUCCACUCUGGCCUUUUUUUACUUAAGCUGCCUGAUUGCAUAAAGUGACCACUUUCUCAACCUGGCUGCUUCAAUCUGGCGAGUGGUCUUCCUGUUGCUUUUGCAGGUCUGUGUGCAGCUCAUCACAUCCCGAGGAAAGUGCCCUCUUUAAGACUAUUUUCUCAUCAGACACAGAGACAGACUAACUUUAAAACCCCAGAACUUAAUGUGCCUUUCAUUUAGCCGGGGAGAACUUUGCCCCGAGUCUUUAUCUCUUAUAUAUCCCGUCAGGUCUUGUUCCUUUUUAGGCUUUUUCUGCGUCACGGAGCGGUAACAAGCAGCACCUGUUUUCAUCCUCGUUGUCAGGCUUGUUUGGUUAUUUUGAAACGGGGAAUUUUGUUGGUGUGUUUGCGCGAAAAGUCUGUGUUUGUAUGGGCAAAGGCGCACACAUCUGUGAGAUUCAUUAUUCCACAAGUGGAGGCUACAGAUGGAAAAUAUGAUUCAGGACGACGACGAUGAUGAUGAUGAUGCCUCUCUUCAAACAGAGAAGAAGAGAAAAGGAAGAGUGAGGGGAGGAGAAACCGAGUGAGAGGAUGGUCCUGGUGAAAGACAGAGUUUUAAUAUUCCACCAUUUUGCUCAUUUUAUCCUUAAAAAUCUGCAGAAAUCAGAGAAAUAUGACUUGAAUUGAACCCACAUUUAGUCUCUCAUUUUCACUCAUCCUGCUCAAAAAAAUUCUGGAAACUUGCACAGCUGAUAUAUGUGCACAUUAAUAUGUUUUUAUGUGUUUGCAUGCUGUUUGUGUGUGUUUCAGCUCGGUGAGUGAGUGACAAGUAUAAAGUAUGUGUCUGGGAAACCUGCAUCGAGACGUCAACACACGCACACACACACGUUUCCUUCCAUCCAGCUGGGUUUCUUGCUGGGAGAUAUGCAGCCCAGCUCAUCGCCAGACAGACGGGUAAUAUAUGGCCCCCGUUUCUGCCUCACACACACACAUGCACACACACACACUGGGACACACACCCUCAAACAAAUACAUAACCACAUUAGGACUUUCUGCGGAGCUGCAUGCAUAUUCUUCCCUCACUUUUCACUCUCGCAAUUUUCUCCCUCUGUUUGAAUGCCUCCAAAAUAAAUAACCAGAAGCUGCGCCGGACUCCAAGGUGUGAAGGAAACAAGGAGGCGAGGAAGUAGAGGAAGAGGAAAAAGGCGACAGACAUUCCAUCUCAGCCCCUGUGGAGCUGCAGCAGGGACAAACCUACCAGCCGUGAUUUUUAAUUGCAGAGAAAAAGCAGAGCAGCGAGGUGCACGCAGGUAUGCAGGGUUAAUUCCCUCUUCAUCUUCUUCUCCUUUUAUCUCCUCUGCAGCGGUUCUGCUCGCGAUGGUGUUACAGUAUAGCGGCUAUACUUCAUGGUGACUGCAUGUGUGAUUUAUGUGUGAACAGGAAUGAGUCCGCUGAGAGGUUUCCCCGUGGUUCUGAUGUUGCUCCAUGCAGCAGCUGUUUGUGCAGGUACCACAUCCUCACAGAGAGACCUAUAGAAGAUCUGCAUUUAAACAUGUGCAGAAAUACAGUUUAGUUAAAGUAUUAAACCUGGCACAAACUUAUCCACUGUCUCUACAGGUGUGGGUGGUGCAAAGGUGGACAAUGUGUCGUCACAAAUGUGUCGUCACCCGUGUGAUGAGCUGGUGGGUAUACUCACGGAGAUCCACGGCCUGAGGACUGUGACGGGCAACCUGCUGGAAGAUUUGGAUAAUUUAGUAAGAAACAUUUUUGCGACUUUUUAUGGAACCCUCUGAUUCCACUUUAUUUUGAUGCAAAGGGACUCGGCUUAAGAAGAAACAAAGAUUUUCGAAAAUGUGAAUAUUUGUAAUCUGGCCCUUUUUAAUAUGAGGAUAAAAGUCCAAAUAUGAUGACGAUAAAUAAUCUCAGUUUGUAAUUAACACAAUGUUUGAUUUUCACAGGAUAAUCUUUCGCUUGUUAAUCCAUUUGAUAGGAUUGUUGGCUGGCAGAGGAAGCCAAAGCAAAGUUAAGAGCGAUCAAAGUGUAUGAAAAGAGGUGUUAAAGCGCGAUUUUAUCCUUUCAAACAAACACUUACUUCUUCUCUCGUGUUUAAAAAGGCACAUUGUAAUUACUGCUUUCAACUCUGACAUAGAAAAUACUGAGAAUGAAAAUCUUUUGGCACUUCACACUUUUGAGAAAUGCCUCUCCUUAAAAAGUAAUUAAAACAUCCUUGAGUAGUUUAACAUUUCGCCAUGAGUGAUGGAAACAAACAGAGACAGUAAGGAGGACUGCUGCCUAAAACAGCAAAAAGGGGGUUUUAUUUUGAAGACUCUUAUUUUGAAGUCUUCGUCUAGUGCAAAAUUGAACAAGUGGACUAAUACGUUCUGUUGGCAGGAAGCGCUGUGGUUUGUGGUUGACUUCUUGGUAAAUUUUGGGGAAAAUACAAACAGAAAGAAAACCCUCAGUGUUAAAGUGUUAAACCAUGGAACAGCUCAUGUACCGUUUAAGUAUAAUUCAGCAGGUCUGAGUUUAUUAAAGAGGGAAAACAAUAUUUUAAUAUUUUGAUGGUUUUCAGUCCUAUUUGUGUUCUCUUAGUCUAAAGAAAAUGAAGAAAUGCGUCUUUAUUUGGCCGAGCUGAGCAGCAACAACAGAAGCAGCAGCGGUGGCGGCAGCCUGAGCAACAUCAGCAGCAACAGCAGCCGCAGAGUUGAUGGCCAUGGAGAGUGGCAUAGUGACAGCCGUGGAAAUGGUCAUGGAGCUGGUCAUGGAGGAGGAGGAGGAGGAGACGGUGAUAUUAACAACCCAGACACAGACAGAGACGGGGAGGUGUGGUGCGUUCAGGAUGGACGAGUAUACGAUCAGGGGGAGGACUGGGAGGUGGACAGCUGCACCUCCUGUACCUGCCAGGUUGGUGUUUAACAACUGUUGUGUAACUAAAAUUUGAAAUAUUCAAGGUGGGAGGAUCCUUUACAAGCUUCUGAUGAAAUGCUUAACUUGUCAUGAAGGGAACGAGGAGUUAAAUAGACGUCUUAAUUGAAUAUAACUUUUCACUAGAACCUUUCUUUACCUUUCUGUUUACAUGAGGACUGUUGUUUGUUGUUUCUUUUAUACAUUUUUUGUAAAACUAAUUUUAAGGGCAGCUGAACAUGUGCAGCUUAAAGGCCAGAAACAAACAUCUAAUGGUACAAUAGAGUUCAGUGUAUGAAAUUAUAUAUCAUUGGACAGUAGAGUUACAAAUUGUACUGAAUUGUCUUGAAUACUGUUGUAUCGUAUCAUAUUGUGUCAUAUGAUAUUGUACUGUAUCUUAUUGUACUGUACCAUAUUAUAUCUUAUCGUAUCCUAUCAUACUGUGUCUUUUACUUCCAAACCAAACAGUAUGGUAUCAAAGGUAUCGUAUUAAAUCGUAUCGUCUCGUCUAGUCUUGCCCCCGUAUGGUAUCGUAUGGUAUCGUAUGGUAUCAUAUUAAAUUGUAUCGUCUCGCCUAGUCUUGUCCCGUAUUGUAUCGUAUCGCAUUGUAUCGUAUUGUAUUGUAUCAUAUCGUGUUUUGUCGUCCCGUCUUAUCUCAUCUAGUCUCGUUUCAUAUUUAAUCGUAUCAUAUCGUCUCAUAUCAUAUUGUAUUUAAUCUUAUUGUCUCCUGUUGUAUCAUAUCAUAUUGAAUCGUAUUGUCUCAUAUCGUAUUGUAUUGUAUCAUCUCAUCUCGUAUCGUAUCAUAUUUAAUCGUAUUGUAUUGUAUUGUAUUGUCUCAUAUUGUAUUCAAUCUCAUUGUCUCCUAUCAUAUAGUAUCAUAUCAUCUCAUCUCAUCUAGUCUUGCGUUGUAUGUAAUCAUAUCGUCUCAUAUCGUAUCAUCUCACAUCAAAGCGUAUUUAAUCUUCUUGUCUCCUAUCAUAUCAUAUUGUAUCUAAUCUUAUUGUCUUCUAUCGUAUUGAUUCUUAUUUUCUCAUGUCAGUUUGCAUCAUAUCAUGUUGCUUACUCCCAGACUUUGAUUAUUUGAGAGCUGACUUUGCCAAACACUGACUUUAUAUCCAUACCUUCCAUACCAGUGUUGUUCUCUGCUGUCUUGUUUUGUAUCAUACCGUAAUCUGUUUUUGUUUGUUAUGAUUUACGUAAUCAUAUAUUGUCCAGGUGAGUAAACUUCUUCACUUGGACCAGCCUCCUACAAAACAAACAUUACUUUAGAUGACUCUAAAGACAUGAAAACUAUUACGGUAUUAACAUAAGUGGACUUUUAUGUUUUCUUUUCAUCUUGUCCACAAAUCUUACCUUUCUGUUCUAUUCAGCCUUAUGGGAAGGGUUCAACCGUUUGGAGAAAUGCACUUAGUUGCUCUCAUACUGAGACUUGGAUUAAAAGAUCAAUUCCACUGUCAGAUAUGAGAGUGGGAUCGAUCUCCUCAUCUGACUCUUGGCGAGAAAGCAAAUAAGCAUACUUUCCAAAAGGUGAAACAAUUUCAGUGUAAUUUAUUAACCUGUUGGGGAGAUACUAAAGUUUAACUUAAAUCCAAUGUGGUUUCAUUUAAUCCUAAAGCAGCUUUCACGGCUCUAUAUUUCAUACUUGCUUCAUCCCCCUCUCUGUGUCUGGUUCUCUUUAUGAAACAUCAUCAGUUUUAGUCAAGAGUGGAUUGAAGGAGAAGCCAAACUUAUUAUGAGUCAUAUUGCUCAGAUGGAUCGGCUAAACAUCUGGUUUGAGCUGCUGUGAUUAGUCUAAUACAGGGGCUAAUUUCUUGUUUUGUUUCUCCGUGUUGUGCAGAAAGGAAAGGCGGUGUGUCAGCUGAUGUCUUGCCCUCCUGUCGCCUGCAUCAACCCCUCGUUCAUAGAUGGAGAGUGCUGUCCUGUGUGUCUCAGUGAGUGCUGUUUUCUUUGCAAUUACAGCGUGCACAUAAACAUGACUGAUUUGUUCAGACAGUGUGUGUAUCUGUGUGUUUAUAAGAUAAUGAAACUGGCUGGUCUCCGUGGUCUGAGUGGACCUACUGCUCGGUCACCUGUGGACGUGGAGGCCAGCAAAGGGGCAGAUCCUGUAAUGGCGUCAUGUCGACCUGCUCUGGCCCGUCGGUUCAAACCCGCAGCUGCAUGCUGGUGAAGUGCGACCGCAAGGGUAGGACAUCACUCGGCAUGCCUGAUGCGUCCCGUCUUGGUUUAAUUUAUUUCAGUGAUUGAUUCAGAACAGCUCGUCCAAGGGAAUGAUCGAAUGUUCCUCACAGAGCAAAAAAUGGAACUCCAGACGAAUGGAUUCUUGAGAUUGUGAUCAUAAUUGGAAACAUGUUGUAGCUCUGUGGAUGUAUACACAGUGUGGAGCUGUGGUGGUGGUCUGUACCGGAGAGCGUUCCAACCUGGACACUUUACAAACUCUCUGUGUUUGUUUCACGUCUAAGGUCGUGUCGACGGAAACUGGGGUCUUUGGUCUCCUUGGUCUGCGUGCACGACCACAUGUGGAGAUGGAAACAUCACAAGGGUUCGUCUCUGCAACAACCCUCCGCCGCAGAAGGGGGGCCGAGGUUGCGCGGGCAGUGCCAGGGAAACACAGUCCUGCAACAAUACGCUCUGCCCUGGUGAGUUCACGCUGACAAGUGCACAAACAAAGCGCCCUGUGGAAGUUAACUUUUUACUUAAUGUGUCUGUCUGAAGUCGCUGGAGGUUGGACCAGCUGGACUGAAUGGUUGCAGUGCUCAGCAACAUGUGGAGGGGGCCUCUUGAGUCGUCAAAGGGAGUGUUUGAACCCGGCUCCUCGGCAUGGAGGGAAGAACUGCGCUGGAGAAGCUACUGACUAUGAAGCUUGUAACAAACAAGCUUGUCCUUUAGGUAAACCUAAACCCAGUCCACAUGCCAGAGAAAGAGAAAGAGACUCCUAAAAACCUUCAUUUUUAGUAGAGAUGCACCCAUACCUUUUUUUCUGAUCCAAUCCAAUCAGAGACCCAUACCUGGCACCGAUAUCCGAUACCGAUCCAAUACUAUUGUUGAAUGAAUGAACAGUAUACCUUGCCCUGUGAGUAAAGAUAUACAGAUAUAAAUUGACUUUUUAUUAUUUAUUAACAAAUAACAAAUAACAAAUAACAAAUUGCACAUUAGCACACAGCAAAAAGUAAUAUGACUUCCAUGUAUUAAAAGACAAAUUAAUCAAAAGAAGAAAAAAUAAAGACUGGAUCGGAACACUGGAUUGGCGUCAUUCAUCCGAUAUCCGAUCCAGUUGAUUUGUCGUUAUCGGAGCCGAUAUCUGAUUCAAAUAUCGGAUCGGUGCAUCCCUAAUUUUUAGGUGGUUCAUCAUGUUUUCAAACAGAAGGAAAAAAAAGGAUCUUAUGUUGUUAAUCUGCCUUUGUCCUUGGACAGAAAGUAAAAAUGAUUUAUUAGAAAUUCCUCAGAUAAUCGAAGUGCCUUUAACCCGCUUUUGGAUUAAUUGUUACCAUUUUGCGUGUGUAUUCAGAUGUUUGUUUGCUGUCAAAUCCGUGUUUUCCGGGGGUGAAGUGCUCUUCACACAGCGAUGGAUCAUGGGAAUGUGGGAGUUGUCCCCUGGGCUUAAAUGGAAACGGCACUCAUUGUGAAGAUGAGAAUGAAGUAAGACAUUUUCAGCGUGAUUUUUAAUCUAACUGGCUUGCUAAUAUAGAUAUGCAUGAUAUGUAUAUAUAUAAUUUCUUAGUUUAAAUGAACUUUAAGGUCAUCUAGUUUAUACAUGGCAGCAUGCCCAGUAUGUCAAAGGUGGAUUAAAUUAAAGCUUUUUCACAGUCCUUGGAGCUUGUAAAGUUUGGGCUCUAGAGGCCUAUUUGUGCACAUGUUGAACAGGGUCACUGGUUUCUCAGCCCUCUGCUGCAUGUCCUUCCUCACCCCCAUCCUCCGCAUUUUGUGUCUCUCUCUUUAACUGUCUAAAAGAAAAAAUCCUCGAAAACAUCAUUUUUCUAACGCAGGUUCAUAUCCUGAAUAUGACAGAAUUGAUUACUGGAUCCUGGUUCAUGUAUCUGUGUUUUGAAAAAACACUUCUGAAGACAUAUUUAAUCACUAAGUUUUAUUCCAUUUUAUACUAAUUUAUGGCAAAAAUCCUGCCAAACAAAUGAUUUUCCCAUCAACCUCAGCUGAACCAACAUGGCGUAAAAACAUUAAACCUGUUAGUUAUCGGCGUGUUGGUUUUGUCUUUGCAAGCAUGUCACGACAACUUUUGUACUAAAAUACAGCCUCACAGUGGAGCCUGCAUAUCUCUCAACUCUUAAAUAUUCAGUUUUUUUGCCUUUUUAACAACAUCUGUGACAUCUACUAUAACUCUACACUAUAACUUACAAGCUAGGAGGAAACUUUCCAGCUCCCUAAGGUGUCUCCCUGAUCCUCCUGAUCCUCUGAUGGUUUUUGCACUCCAUGUGGGGAUGUUGAAGCACUGAUUGUUCCUCUUCAUGGACAUGGCGUUCAUGUUGUAACACGUUAAUGUCUUGUUGGUGAACCAGCUCUUCAUCACCACCUCUCAUGUCUUUUUAAAAUGUGGUUUAACUUUGCUCUCUUUAUGUGUAACCUGCUUUGUUGAAUCUCUACAGUGUGACGUGGAGGGUGUGUGUGUCACACAGUGUGUAAACACCGACCCCGGCUUCUACUGUCUGCCCUGUCCUCCUCGCUAUAAAGGCACCCAGCCGUACGGCCUCGGAGUACAGGAGGCGCAUAAAAUCAAACAGGUGUGUUUUGACUUUGAUGUUUGUGAUUUUUAUCAUAGACGGUACCGCUCAAUCAUAUGCUCCACCUCCUGGUUUACAGAGAGUUUAUUUCCCUGUGCUGUGUGCAGCCUGGAUAACCUCUAGCCUCAGGGGUGUACUUAAUUUCAUGUCAUGCCUGAGCAAUUGGGGUCAAAUAGAAGGUUUUAAAUACUAUUAUUAUCUUUAUCAAUAUUAUUUAAUUAUUUAUUCACUCAUUCAUUUAUUAUAAUAAUAAUAAUUAUUAUGAUUACUCCCAAUAAUAAUAAUAAUAAUAAUAAUAAUAAUAAUAAUAAUUAAUAUUAUUAUUAUUUAAUUUUUUAAAUCAUUUUUUAAUUAUUAUUUUAUUAUUAUUAUUAGUAGUAGUUUCAAUAUUUAUUAUUAUUAUUAUUAUUAUUAAUUAUUGUUAUCAUUAUCAGUAUUAUUAUAUUAUAUUAUUUAUUAUUAUUAUUAUUAUUAUUAUUAUUUUCUUCAUCAAUAUUAUUUAUUAUUGUGUAUUGUUAUUAUAAUUAUUAUUAUUAUCAUCAAUGGUGUAAUUUAUUUUUUUUAUUUUUAUUAUAUUAUUAUUAUUAUUAUUAUUAUUAUUAUUAUUAUUAUUAUUAUUAUUAUUAUUACUUGCAUUGUCCUUUUAUACCUAACUGUAAUUUUUAACUCACCUCAUUUUUGUUUUUAUGUAACCUACUUUUUUUUUUACGCUAUGUAUGUCUUUAUUGUCCUCUCACGAAUCCUUUCCAAUGUGGUUUUUCCUGCAAAUGACAAAUAAAUGACUCUGACUCUGACUCUGAACAGAUUGACUUGUGAAUUAUGUCUGUAUUCUGAAUACAGGUGUGUGAACCGUACAAUCCCUGCAAAGACAAAACACACACCUGCCACAGGUUUGCCGAUUGUGUGUACCUGGGCCUGGCGUCUGAGGUUCUGUACAAGUGCCUGUGCGCUGUUGGGUUUGCAGGCGAUGGUCUCCUGUGUGGGGAAGACUCCGAUCUGGAUGGUUGGCCCAACAAGAAACUUCCAUGCAAGCAGAAUGCAACCUAUCACUGUGAAAAGGUAAACUAACACACUGAAAAUAAAUGAUAAUAUAAUCAAAGUUUUCUGGUUUAAUCUGUUAAACUGUGUCCUGAUUGGCUGCAGGAUAAUUGCCCAAUGCUGCCUAACUCGGGACAGGAAGACCUGGACAUGGACGGACAGGGUGACGCCUGUGAUCCUGAUGAUGACAAUGAUGACAUAACUGAUGAGAGGGUGAGACUGUAGCAGAAAAAUGGGGUCACUUUCUGAAAACAACAGGCGAAUAUUUAAAAAACCCUGUGUGACAAAAUGUGUGUCUGUUCUAGGACAACUGCCCGCUGGUAUACAACCCUCGGCAGUUUGACUCUGACAGAGACGGGGUUGGGGACCGCUGUGAUAACUGCCCGUUUGAUAGCAACCCGCUGCAGACAGACACUGAUGGAAACGGAGAGGGAGAUGCCUGCAGCAUCGACAUCGACGGAGACGGUGGGAGCUCCUCAGUAAACCACAGUUGAAAUAUGCAGUUAUUCAUCCAAUUAUUUCAGUCCUUACAGAAUCCCACGAAUUUAGUUUGCAGUGAGACUUUUGGAUCCUCAUCAAAACAUGUCAGACAUGUUUUGAUAUACUUGGAGUUGAGAGGAAAGAGUUUCUGUGUUUUCUCUGGAAAUAAAAAGGAAAUGUAACUCAACAGUAACGCGCACCGUGGACUGAAAUAUGGAUCGAAAGCAUUCAAGCAAAUACUUUCUUGAUUUAUGUUGGAUUUUGCGUCGUAUGCUAUGAAACUGUACAAGCACAAUAAAAUGUUAUUUAUCCACUGUGUCUGUAUUUCUGUUUCCAGAUGUUUUGAACGAUCAUGACAACUGUCCUUACGUCUACAACACGGACCAGAGGGACACGGACCUGGACGGUGUUGGAGAUCAGUGUGACAACUGUCCACUUUUACACAACCCACAGCAGGUAAAUAAAAACGAAAAUCUCAAGAGCACGCACCGGGGAAACAAACUUAAUCGUCAGUGUUGCCUCAUGAAACAUCUGGAGCAGGGUUGCAUUAUACAAAUGGCUUUCAGUCACGAAUAUAUAACAAGAAAUCUUAGAAAACUGCAACGACGUGAUUUACAAACAAAUACUGUCUGUUGUGUUUGUGUUUACAGCGUGAUUCAGACAACGACCUGGUUGGGGACAUGUGCGACAACAACGAGGACAUCGAUGAGGACGGACAUCAAAACUCUCUAGACAACUGUCCCUACAUUGCUAACAGCAACCAGGCCGACCAUGACAACGAUGGAAAAGGGGAUGUCUGUGACCAUGACGAUGAUAACGACGGUAUCCCUGAUGAUCGGGACAACUGUAGGCUGGUUCCCAAUAAGGACCAGCAAGACUCUGAUGGUUAGUUUUUGUUUUUCUCAUUUGAAUGAUUAAAGUAGACUGAGAUACCUUUGAUACAAUACAGUGUGAUGUAUCUGAUGGGUUCACCGUAUACAUGGCCUACAAUAAUGACAAUAACACAACACAGUGAUCCCACUAUAGAAUGAAUGGUAAGACAAUCAUGUAAUGUUACAUAACUGCAUCUCAUAAACUGAGAUAUAGUUAUGCUGACUGUGAGGGUUUGAACGCAUGUAGCAGACGCAGAUGUAAUUUGUGGGGGGAACACAGGGGACAUGUCUUAACUGCCUGAAAACCAUCUGAAAACAAUGUUACUUUACGCUACAGCAAACCGAUACAUGUCAGACACUAGGACCAAAUGGCUGCCCAAGCCGAACACUGGUUUCCCUCAGUUUGGACAGUCCACAAGGUCUUUGAUUGGCUCUGUGAUUGACUAUCCCUGAUGUCAGUCAUUCCAUGCCCAAUACAUGAGUGUUUUGCAAGUUACUCGUAACCCCCAAUUUCCACCGCAUCCGGAACAGCUACGAAACUGCUGUAUCAGCCGAUCAUAGCUGAUUGUAACCAUUCAAGUUAAUGUGUCAAUUUCCACCGGCUUCUUUCUGUUUCACUGUGGAUCGGCGGACUCCGCAGUUGUUCUCAAGACUUCUUUUUUUUUUCGAAAAUCGUAGCAUGCCGGAUAAAUUCAGCAUAGAUUAACCUCAGCUGGAAAGGAAGUCAGGCACAGACGUAAAACAUCCAACUUCUUUUCAAAAUAAAACACUCUUGAAGUAGAUUUCCUCCUCUGAAAGGACACAAUCUACUGCUUAUAUGGUUAUCCAAGUGGCUAGAGACAACUUGUUAUCGCGUGAUUGCACGUGAAUCCGCGGGUCCUUGUGAGUUCUUGUGAUUCCUGCUGUCCGAAAUUCGCCUCACAAACAGAACCGGUAGGAACUGGCAUACGGCGAAAAUUGCCGCCGUUCCGGAUGUGGUGAAAAUCCCGUAUUAGCGUCAGCCUGUGAACAUCGCUAUUCGCCCAUUCGCAUUCGCCGAUGUAAGUUCACAGGAGGGUGCCUUUCAUUUUACCUCCGUAACGUCACUUUCAUCUGAGGUUUCAUUUACAUCAAGUAUCGGGUUUGUACGUCCAUCCAACCGCUGGUCGUAUUACCUCCUCUGUUACUGUGUGUGCGAGAUGUGCUGUUUGCUAGGCUUUAUGUAAAGGUAGGAACUGAAUUCUGGGCUGAACAUCGACGUUUGAAUCCACAUGUCACAUCAGUACUCAAGUCACAUGUGUCCCCGCCCUACCUUUGAAAUCAAAAUUUUACCCAUGGUAGCAGAGAUACUUUGGCUUCACUUUUCUACAACAUGAAGAGGUGGAGACAUAUCAUCCAUUUAUAUUAUACAGUCAGUGCUUGUUAAAAUCAAAAAAUGAGGACCUUAAAUGUCUCACAUGUCAUGAAACAAAUGGAAUUGAGAGAUGAAUCAUUCACUGUCACAUGGGAAAGAUAUUUUUUGACGAUUUAUGAGAGAUGUAUUUUGCAGUCAUGCAGUAAAAUCUUUUGACCUUCAGUUCAGUCGGUCUGCAAUGAUCCAGACUGUAAUAAUGUUGGACAUGAGCUUAAACUGUUAACGGCCCCCAGUAGUAAAAUUAAUCAAAAUAAAAGAUUCUUGAAUUCACUCACUAACAUACAAACCUUGUACUUUGUCGCUCCGACUUGUUUUUUCUCCCGUCUUGGCGAGACGUUAUCAAGGAAAUCACGUUGGGUUGAAUUUUUAUUCCUCUCCUUCUGCAGGUGACAGCAGUGGAGAUGCAUGCUUCAAUGACUUUGACAAUGACAGUAUUCCAGAUGCGCUGGAUCCCUGUCCGCUCAACCAGGAUAUCAGCUCUACAGACUUCAGGAAGUAUCAGGUAGUCUUGUUGGACCCUAAAGGCACCACGCAGUCUGAUCCUCUCUGGGUGAUACGCAGCCAAGGCACUGAGCUGCUGCAGACGGCAAAUUCAGACCCUGGCAUCGCUUUAGGUAAGAUUCAACAACACCUACAACAACAACAACAAAAAGAUAACUUCAAAACUGUGUCUCUAAAAAAACAGUGUUAUUGUCUUUAAACAGGAUAUGACAAGUUCAGCGCUGUUGACUUUAGCGUGACGUUUUACGUGAACACCAACCGGGAUGACGACUACGCAGGCAUCGUGUUCGCCUACCAGUCCAGCAGACGCUUCUAUGUGGUUAUGUGGAAACAGGUGAGCUUUCAUCCUGCUUCAAUUUAAAACGCACAGGUAGUGAAGGGCAGCGACGACUGGUCUUAAAUGGUUACUCAGUGUUAGAAAAGCCGAACUGCAGACCUCUGGUAACCUUAGCGUCAACGGAAAGGUCAAACUCGAAAACGACUCCUAUUCAAAUCAAAUAUUUAUCCUUCUCUGUUUAAUAGUAAUCCUUGUAACCUUAUUUAAAUAAAGUCUUUUUAGCAUGAACAUUUCCACUGAUGUUGAGAAGUGUAAAAAAAAAAGGUUGAGUUUUUUGAGACUAUGACAUUCCUCUCCUAUUCAUCAGUUCUUGAACGCUGCCAUAUCCACAGUACACAGUUAACCUCAUCCACCCGCUUCAAUGAAGUGGUCUUUGCUGACUCUUGACAGUCAAAUGUACAAUUUUUGUGAAUAUUUUAUGAGGACGUGAUCUGUUUCUACAGCAUAAAAACAGUCAGUCUUGUCAUUGAUGGCCUUGUUGACUUUUGUAUAACAUAAUAAGGCAACAAUAUGAAUUUAAGUCUUCCUCACAGGAGCUUUAGGCACUGCAGGUUGACAUCUUUUAGUACAUCUUAAAACAUAUAACCAAUAUCAGAUCAGAGAAUAUUUAGUCCAGAUUAAAUAAAUGUAAACAUAAUGACUUAAACACUGAAAAGCUAAGAUUGGGGGUCUAUGUUGGACUUUCUUGAUUCUCCCAUGGGUGAAAAUUUAGAGCUACAGUAAAAAUGCAAUGAUUAAAUAGAAUAAAAAGAUAGUAAUAGUAGCAAACCGUAAUUCUCGUUAAAGUACUUCUACUUAAUUUCCUCAGGGUCACAUUAAACAAUUUGAACUUCGCUGUAAAACCACCUUUUCAAGAGGUUUAAAAUAAAAAGUCAAAACAGUCUUUGCAGUCAGACUUUUGAGAGACAUGCCACAGUUUCUUUAAAAUCCUGUCUGAAAACUUUCUCUCAAAGAAGGCUUUUAUGAUUUCUGUCUCUUUUUAUGAUCUCUUAAACUAUCUGCUGCUUUUAUCAGCUGUUUUUUUUCAUCCAUUCCUCUGUUUUUUUUGCUUUUUCAUAAAACUUGCUCCAGUUUUCAUGAAGCACUUUACAAAAUAUCUCCACGCCCAGCUCUUUUUAUGUUAAUAAUCUAGCAAAAGAGAUGGAGAGGAUCAAAAAAUUGCAAUUUUAAAGCACAUUAGUAGUCCUCAUCUUCUUUAAAAAUCACUGACUACACCUCCGCAUUCCCUCUCCUCAUGAGCGCAGGUGUCUCAGGCAUACUGGGAGAAAAAGCCAUCCAAAGCUUUUGGCACAGCGGGGGUCUCCAUCAAACUGGUCAACUCCACCACAGGACCAGGGGAGUAUCUCCGCAACGCUCUGUGGCACACCGGGAACACCAGACACCAGGCAUGACUCAGCGGAUUUCUACCUUUUUAUCACUUUAUAUUCUCCUCAUCUAAUCUCACAGUACUCUGCUGAUCUGUCCUCAAAACAUCCUUGAAAAGACCAUUUUUUUAAAUAAACCCGGCUUAGAAAAGCUGUUAUUGGUGUAUACUGGAGACACGUCGCUGGAUCAGUGUUGUUUACUGUCCUGACAUCAGUGUGUUUGUGUCUGUUUCAGGUCAGAACUUUGUGGCAUGACCCCAAUAAAAUCGGCUGGAAGGACUACACAGCUUACCGAAUGCACCUCACCCACAGACCCAAGACUGGCUUCAUCAGGUACAAACACUUUUAGAGAGUCAGUUUCAGAUAGCUGGAAAUCUUGUCUGAGAUUUAUAUUGAAAAUGAAUACCUUUAUAUGUGUUCGAAGUAAACUUUUGAAUUCGGUAAAGUUUUUAUAAUGAAAACAGACAUGAUUCAUACUAGAAAUCAUUCAUUCAAAAACUGGUCAAAUACUUUUCUUUUUUUUAAGUAAUUGCAGUUAUAAAUAAUAUGAAUAAACACCCAGAACAAUACAGUUCAUGCUGUUAGUUUUAGACAGUGAUGACACAGAUUGUGCCAUGAGGGUACCAUAUAUGCAAUAUACUAACUGAAAUUAGGCAUUCAUGAACAAAAAAAUUCUAAAUAUAUAUAUACACACACACACACACACACACACAUAUAUAUAUAUAUAUAUAUAUAUAUAUAUAUAUAUAUAUAUGUACAGUAUAUCUAAGGGUAAAUGGAGUAAAAUGGUGCAUUUCCAUGAAAGCAACAUCUGAUUAUGGAGUAAAUACAUCCCAAAAUAUGUACAACUCAUGCUGGAUUUAAAAAAAAAAAAAGCAUUGUGAACAAAAACUUGAAGUUACUCCCAACUGUUCGGCCUGUAAUGACCUUGCUUCCAAACGUUUGGCCUGUAGUGUAUAUAGUAACUUAGUUUCUUUUCCACCCAUGCCUGGGGCAUGUGAGUCUUCUCUGGUGAAGACUCAGGGUCCUUGGCACAAUAACAGCUGCAGGAGAGAAAACCAAAAUAUGGCAGAUUUUGAGUGAAUAAAAAUGACCAGCUGACUAAAAUAUUUCAUAUCACCGUAUGAAUUCCCUUGAAAAUCACUACUUUGUGAUAGUUAUUCAUAACCACUGCGCUAAAUAAAGUUAGAAUGCAAAUUCCAGAACCACUCUUACUGACCUUAUUCGCCUACAUGCAGCUUUCAAAUCCACCCAAACUUACUUUACUCUUUAUCACUAUUGCCGGGUGAAAAUCACCUGAACAUGUGCCUGUAGGAAAAAGCAGGUUUUGGAUCAGGGAAACAAAUAUGCCUUCAAAGAUGUCAAAGGCAAGGCUGAAGCUACCCAGGAACCCAUGAUACUUCGACAAACGCGACAUAAAGAAAAUCACGUCAGCAUGUUUAAUUGGGUGAAAAUCACCCAGCGAUAGUGUUCUAGGGUUAGGUUGUUUGUUCAGUUAAAGCUCUAAAAAACAACAGGCUUUAAUGUUAGUGUAGUUACUCUUCUUGCCAGUAGGGGGAAACAACAUUUCUGACUGCACAUUUAAUAAAGAAAUUUUAGAAAUUUUGCUAAAGAUUCGAGAAAAAUUCUGCAUGUUGAAUCUUAAAGCACAAAGGAUGUGUGGACUUAGUUGACUUGGUGACAUUUGAUCUUAAAAAUUAAGAUAGAUUGGAUGCAGACUGUGUCCAGUUAUUUCAACCAGAGCGUUGCACAACCAGCAUGCUUGAGCAGCGCUAACUCUGCUAACAUCAGCCAACUCCAGUAAACUAGAGGUUUUCAUACCCUUAAAGUCCAUCAGUCAGGAUUUAAAUCUCCAUUUAAACAACUAGAAAAUUAAUCGCUUCAGAACUUUCCUAAACAGAACCAGAGGCGAAUCCUCUCCACGCAUGUGAUUUGAAUCAACUGAGGCAAAAUGUGGAAAAGCAGAAACCGAGUCGCUUUCAAAAGCACAUCUGUUGCUCGGUGAGUGCCAGCUGGGUUCAUAGAGGUUUUACUGAAGCAACUAUCUGUCGGAUAACUUCUUAAAUUUGUGAACUUCACACUCAGUCCCACCUUCUUUAGAACAAAAAUUUGCCCUCAGAUGUCCUCACACUGGAGGCUAUCAUCAAUCUCUGGGAGUCAUUAUAUCAAAACUGUGUUAUUCACUUUCAGUGUUGUACCCUGUUCUCCUCAACCUGCUACAUCUACUUCUACUCUGUUGUACUUCUCACUAAUGGACUUCAGAAAACAGCCCCAGGCGAUGUGUUCUCUCUACUUUUCAUGAGCAGAAAAGUAUCAGUACCAUGGUGAGGUUUAAACACUAAGAAAAAUCAACAAAAAAGGGGAGCAAAACAGCGACGUACAAGGCCCGGUUGUUCUGAAAAUACCCUCACAGACGUCUAUCUGGCAGAGAUGCAAGCAGAGCCUGUCUGUUGAAUUCGGGGUACUGAGUGAUUGUAGGAUGACAGUAUGCUUAUUGAAUGUCACACUGAAAAGAAGCUCCUGCUCUUUGUUUGUGAAGGACGGACGCACAUUGAUAUUUUUGUUAGUUGCCAUGAACUGCUUUUGAUACAGCUCUGUUUGACGUCAUGUUCUCAGUUUUUGACAGAGAAGAGAAGUAAAACAGGGAACAAGAAGGAAAGUACACGCACAGAAAUAAAAACCUGUGUGACCUAGAAAUGUUAGGAAAAUUGAAUUUUAUGUUCACGGACUAAAAUGCUUCUGCACACAGUUCGAUAAGAGUAAAAGUGACCAAACUAAAAAGGUGUGGUGUCAAUAUCUGAUUGUGAGGCAAGUUAGCUUGAUACAACAUUCAAUAACAAUGGCUUCUGAUUCAUAAAUACAACAUAGACAAGAGCGGCAGCCGUCUUGUGUCAUAACAAAUUAUUUUAAUAAUAAGGCUCCUUUAAAGAACUUUGGGUUUGUAUUAUUGAUUAUGUUGACCCGUAUGGCUGAUGUCGCCUUGAGCAUGUACAAGAAGUAUUUUUUAAUCAGAAAGUCUCAUCCUUUCUCUCAACAGUCAAAUCUCUUGGUUAUGUCAAAUCUUUGCCAAGGACAGGUGUAAUUCAAAGCUCCUUUGACAAUGUUUCUGUGGUAGCGACCCGCUGCAGCAAUUCCUGACAUUAAAAAAGUAACUUCAAAGAAAUAUUCAGUUUCCUUGCUGUCAGUGGGUAAGCAUGUGCAGCACAACAGUGAAUGUUGUGCGAAUCAUAUCGUAUCGAAUUGUAUUGUAGCAUAUUGUACUAUAUCGUAUCAAAUGCUGCGUUCGAGUUACCUCGGAAGUCAGAUGUCUUUGAAAGUUAUUUUAGCGCUUGCCUUCCCCGAAUCUAACAAGGACAAGGCAAGCGCUAAAAUAACUUUCGUAGACAUAGCCAUCUUGUUUCCACUUCCGAUUUUGCUUUUUUCCAACUUGGUAACUGAAACGUUGGUAACUUGGAUGCGAUGUCAUUCCCAGCUCCAACAUCUGACUUCCGAGGUAACUCGAACGCAGCAAUAUACUAUCGCAAAAUAUGGUUAAGCAUGUAUCAUACUGUAUCUUAUUGCACAAUACGAUAUUGUAUCAUAUCAUAUUGUAUCAAAGUGUAGCACGUCGUACCAGAGCCUAUUGGAGUGUAUCAUAGCAUGUUGUAUUGCAAUGUAGCCUAACAUGAUGUGUGAUACCAUAUUGCACGGUAACAUCCUAACAUAUCGUAUUGCACUGAUCGUAUCGUACUGCACUGAUUGUAUCAUAUAUCGUAUCGUAUCGUCUCAUAUAUCACAUCAUAUAGUAUUGUAUCAUACCCUAUUUCACAAUAUUGUAUUUAAUUGUAUCAUCUUUUAACAUAUUGUAUCACACUGUAUUGUAGUGUAGCAUAUUGUAUUGAAGUCUAUUGGAGCAUAUUGUAGCAUGUCAUAUCGUAACCUAGCAUAUCAUAUCGCACCGUAUUUUGUUUGUGUUAAUUCUGUUUCAUUUCAACCAGCUGAAACCUCUUAACAAGAGUUUUAAAACAUUCCUUUAAAAUUUCUGUCCACGACAUUAUCACACUUAAAAAUUCAACACAAAAGCAAGUCGAUGGCUAGGUGCAAAACUUUCUCCACUAAAAAAAUUUAAACAAGAAGCAAAAGAAAAAAAAGUAGUUCACAAGAAAUUGCCUUUAAUUCCUUUCACUUUUGGUUUUGGUUGGUAUGUAAAAUGAGCCUGUCAUUCAUUGACUGACAGUAUGUCACAUUAAAAGUUGGUGUGCACCCAUGGUAAGAACUGUAAUACAUGACUAAUGCCUCCGCAGGGUGGUGGUGUACGAAGGCAGGAACAUCUUAUCGGACUCGGGGGCGGUGUACGAUCACACCCUGGCAGGAGGCAGACUGGGACUGUUCGUCUUCUCUCAGGAACAUGUCCUCUUCUCAGACCUCAAAUAUGAGUGCAGAGGUAAGACUAACUGGCACACAAUUUCUGCUAAAUGUUGAUCAGUGGAUGAAGAAAUACUCUGGUCCUUUACAAACAUAAAAACAUUUAUAUAACAACACUUAUAUUCUCCAUUACAAGUAAAGAUCCAGCAUUCAAAAGCCUGGUUAAGUCAAAGUGCAGACUCAGGAGCGCCAGGAUCCUUGGAAGAGAUAAUAAGUAAUGGGGUCUAAUGUUAGUUUUUCUUUGCAUUAGUAUGUAAAGUGUCAAAAAUAAAGGUUCUCAACCUUGAGAAAAAUGUCAGAAGUGACUGAUAAUCUCUUUAGCUACACCUAAUUAGACUGUGAUACUGAUAUAUCAGUGUGUUAGCACUGUAGCUUGUCAAGGUAAGGCCACUUAUAACAACUUGAUACAUGGGUGGGUGUUUUAACUUGAGUGGCUCUCGACCUAGAGGUCAGAUUUAUUUAAUUUUACCUCUGUCUAGUCUUUAUCUAUGAUAUCAUUGAAUUCUCAACUGACAUUUUGUUUUAUGUUAAUUAACCUUGUGGUUGUACAUUUUAACAUGAGUACACUUGGGAUUAUUAUUGAAUUUCAUUUAACUCCAACAUGAAUUAAAGAUGAUUUAUGCGAGCUGAAACAAUGCUGCUACACAAAUAUAUUCUUCAUAUUUGAUUACAUUCUUAAAUAGAUAUAUGCUUAAAAUUAAACUGUAUAAUAUCUCUCACUGUGUUUCUCCAGAGUAGACAUAUAAAGUAGUAUAAGACUAAAAUAGGAACACCCUACAUGGAAAUAUGUACUUAUUUCUCCCCACUGUUACUUAACACUGUGCCUCUGUCCUCCAGCAUUUGCAGAUUAUUCCUCUCAUUAAAGUCGAUCUUCAGAUUAUCUUCUAACUUUCAUUUUUCUUCUUCUUCAGAUAACUGAAGCACCCCACAAGAAAGCCACAGACAUUUCAAAAGGUUUCAAUAUAUUAACAGCAGGGAGGAGGAAGACCAUGCACAAAACCCAGGCCUUCAUCCUACCACCAUUAUCAGUCUCAUCCUUCAUCUAUCUCUUUUUUAUACCAAAGCAUUUACUUCAGGCUGCUAUCUCACUCCCUGUAUAGAACUGGAAGACUGCGUUUCUAGUGACAGUUACCUCUUUAUACUUUCAUUUUCUUUUCUUCAA